CCAGAGCCCGAGAGCGGAGCCUCGUCCUCCAGCUGCUCGUCCUCCUCCACCCCGGGCGCCGGCGGCGGCAGCAGCACCGGCAACGGCAAGGCUCCGGUCAAGAAGAACCCCAAGGUGGCCAACAUCACCGUCCAGCUGGAGAUGAAGGCGCUGUGGGAUGAGUUCAACCAGCUGGGCACCGAGAUGAUCGUCACCAAGGCUGGAAGGCGGAUGUUUCCCACCUUCCAGGUGAAGAUCUUCGGGAUGGAUCCCAUGGCCGAUUACAUGUUGUUGAUGGAUUUUGUACCGGUGGACGACAAACGUUACCGGUAUGCCUUCCACAGCUCCUCUUGGUUGGUAGCAGGCAAAGCUGACCCGGCCACCCCCGGGAGGGUACACUAUCACCCG